AUGACAAAGAUCCAGGCCUCUGUGUUGCAGAAGUUGGGAAAGGCGGAUGAAACGAAAGACACAGCAUUUGAGGAGGAAGUGGCCAAAUUCAACAAGCAGCUGGCUGAUGGCAGCAAAUUGCAGAAAGACUUCAAGGCAUAUUUGGCGGCAGUCAAAACCAUGCACGAGUGUUCGAAGCGUCUGCUUGACUGUCUGGCAGAAAUGUACGACCCCGAGUGGUUUGGCAAAGAGGAGGUGGACUCCAUCGCAGAGGAGAUGAUAGAGAAAGAAAUGGAUAAUAAUCUGGAGGACACUGACCUCCUGUGGCAAGAUUUCCACCAGAAUCUUGUGGACAAUAACCUCAUUUCCAUGGACACAUAUUUGGCUCAAUUUCCAGACAUAAAGGCUCGCAUCGCUAAGCGCGAGAGGAAGCUGGUAGAUUUUGACAGUGCCAGACAUCAUUUUACCUCUAUACAGAAAAGCAAGAAAAAGGAUGAGGCCAAAAUUGCCAAGCCUCUGGCUCUAGUGGAGAUGGCUGCUCCCGGCUGGGCUCAGGGAAUAAUCACAGCACAUCAGAUCGCUCAAACUAACCUCUCGAGAAGCCAGGCCGAGGAAGAUUUGGGCAGAGCUCAGAAGGUAUUUGAGGAGAUCAAUUAUGAUCUCCAGGAGGAACUUCCCACCCUGUGGAACAGUCGUGUUGGCUUGUAUGUGAACACAUUUCAGAGCGUUGCUGGCCUGGAGGAAAAAUUUCACAGGGACAUGGGCAAACUGAACCUGAAUCUGAGUGAUAUUAUGACCAAACUGGAUGAGCAGCGUCUAGCCAAAAAAGGUGUCACGACAGCAAGCACUGGGAAGAGUGAAGAAGCAGCCAACCACAACCUCUCUGAGUCUGGGUCAGAUGCCCCUAAAUCACCAGCAGAGUCCAGAGAAAGACCGCCGGUCUCACAGCCGCCCAGGCCGGCUUCAUCUCAGGAGGUGAAACAGGAUAACAUCAUUGACCUGUUUGAGGAUGCAGUGGUGCCUGAAAUUAACAUUUCAACCCAGCCACAGGAGGCUUCAUGGGAUUCAUGGGAGCCUGGUCAGAGCCCUGCUGCAGACCCCUCCCAGCAGUGGGACACGGAUGAAGAAGCUGCUGCUCAGUCUUACAGCCAGCAGCCAUUUGAAGCUCCCCGCUGGGAUGAGCAGGAGAGCGUGUCUGCGCAGUCAGGCUGGGGCAAUGAAACAGCUACGCCUGCGCAGCCGGACUGGGAGGGCGAUGGUGUGGAGCACUGGGGCGAGGAAGGGUCCCAGGUAGGGCAAAAGCAAGACGCAGAUACAAACUGGGGCCGUGGUACGGCUCAGGCUUGGGAGGCGGAGUCAGAGCGGCCUCAGUGGGAGGAGCUUCAAAUUAAUGAAGCGCCAACAGUGACAAACGGCUCAUCAGAUGCAGAGCUUCCUCCAUCUGUUCUCUAUAAGGUGAAAGCAAUACAUGACUACGGAGCAACAGACAGCGAUGAGCUUGAUCUGAAGGCUGGUGACAUUGUGCUUGUGCUUGCCUUUGCCAACCCAGAUGAACAGGAUGAUGGCUGGUUAAUGGGUGUAAAAGAGUCACACUGGCUUCAGAAUAAAAACCUCCUAGCUAAAGGAGUCUUCCCUGAAAACUUCACCCAGAAACUGUGAGCGGAACAGCCCUCUCAGAAUCACCUGUUCUUAUCCGUUGUUUUCUCACCACUUUACUGUGAUAACAUUUUUUAUAAAACAUCUUCAAAAAUAAGGGCUUCUCAAGCACAAAAAAA